AUUGCUGAACGCAACCGACACUGAAUGACCUUAUGCUUGCACUGGCGUUCAUUGGCAACUUGCUUUGGUACCCUUGCACACGAGCUAGCUAACGGAAGGUAAAUCGUAUCGUUGACUGAGAUAAGCUUAGCUACGUGCCGCGUACGGAGUUAACCAUUCAACGGAGCACGAGACCGACCAUGCCCGUCCAGUAGGAGGAGCACUAUAAACAAGCCGCAACAUGCUGGAGCAAUCUGUCAAUCUCGUGCAAGAUGCAGGACUCCUCGAUCUGAACUAAGCACCGCCGUCAUCGAGCAUAAAAACCACAGCAAAGGCACCUAUCUCUGCGAUUCAGACAAACGGUCCUUCGCCAUGCCGUCCCCCACACCCACGAUCAAGAAGUUCCUCGACCAAAACAAAGACAAUACCGCGCCCUCCCUACUCAUCACCUUCCCCUCGGGCACCCAAAUCCCCGCCCCGGCCACCAAAGCCUCCAAGUCCAACACCGCCCGCGCACCCACCUUCUCCGUCACCCAAUCCUGCCUCCGCACCCACCUUCCCGGUGCAAAAUACAUCGCGCUCGCCCUCGACCUCGACGCACCCUCGCCCGCCCUUCCCCUCGCCUCUCCCGUCCUGCACUGCCUUCACACCGACCUCGUCGCCGCCACCGCCUCGCCCUUCGCCGCGGCCCCCUCCUCUUCCUCGCCCAUCUUCAAAACAGACACCGCGACCGACACAUGGGUGCAGCUGACGCCGUCCAGCGUCGCGGCGGGUGGAGAAGGUACACUAGAAAAGCCGCUGGCGUCGUGGGUGGCGCCUGCGCCGCCCGGGUUCAGUGCGCCCCAUCGCUACGUGUUUUUGGUGUGGGAGCAGCCUGAGAAGAUGAGCGGAGAGGAGGUGAGGAGGAAGAUGGGGUGGGGGAAGGGGGAAAUAGGGUUGUGGGGGAAGGUGAGGUUUGAUGUUGAGGGGUUUGUGAGGAGGGUGGGGGCGGGGGAAAUUGUAGCGGGGACCUGGAUGGUUGUUGGUGGGAGUUAGGGGCACAGGGUGGGCGGCGAAGCGAAUGAGAGUGGUGGUAUCUGUAGAAGAUGAUCGUGUUUUGCGAAGAUUAGGACAAGGGAAGGAAGGCAAUGCGCGCACGGGACUUUGAUCGUUGCGAUGCGUGUAGAAUAUACCACGAGGAAGUGAUUUGACCAUGCGCG